UCUCGUUUAAUUAUUUAAGAUGCAAACCGAUGAGCUCGAUGUCCUAUUCCGUCUUGCCUUUGUUGUGUUAUGCUUGGGUGUGUUGAUAUGCGUUUAUAACAUAACAAGACCCAGAGGUAUAUCAAACGCAUUCAAUAAUGCAGAGGGAGCAAGACAAGACAUGGCUGAGGCGGAGGUACGCGGUGAACAGAUUACCAGCGCAUUCAAUAACGACAAGAACGGCAUACAAAAUCAUAGGAGGGCUAGAAUUGGACGUGAUGAAACAAGCAAGGCAGAGAAUUCCGAGAGAGUGAAUCAAGCAGCAAUUGAGUACGUGCCUGGAGAAAAGCAGCGGCUUACUUAUAGAGAUAAAAGUAAUUAAGACCUUAAUUCAGUGAGAAGCACCAGAAGGAAUCUAAUCUGUAACAUUCAAUUUGCAAUCUAUUGCAAUUGAACUUUAUCGUACUAUUACGUUGAAUUUAUUUUAAGCUUUCAUGAAAUGGUUGUAUUCUCUUAAUGUUAUGUACUUUCACAUAAAUGAUUUUGU